AUGGGUUCCGAGCCCAAGCCUGAUCCCGAGCAUCACGAGCAAAAGAAGAAGGUCAACUUGGCCGAUUCUUCGGGCUCUCAACGGAAAGAUGAUGAUGACACGGCAACGGCUAUCCUUAAAAAGAAGAAGAAGCCUAACCAGUUGAUGGUAACGGACGCUGUCAACGAUGACAACUCCAUCAUUGCCCUCUCGAACAACACGAUGGAGGCGCUCCAGCUCUUCCGCGGCGAUACUGUCUUGGUCCGAGGCAAGAAGAGGAAGGAUACCGUUCUGAUCGUCCUCGCCGACGAUGACCUGGACGAUGGAAGCGCCCGCCUUAACCGCGUUGUUCGCCACAACCUCCGCGUCAAGCACGGCGACAUUGUGACAAUCCACCCGUGCCCCGAUAUCAAAUACGCCAAACGCAUUGCGGUUCUCCCGAUUGCAGACACUGUUGAGGGCCUCACUGGCUCUCUCUUCGACGUUUUCCUUGCUCCUUACUUCCGCGAGGCAUACAGGCCCGUUAGACAGGGCGAUCUCUUCAUCGUACGCGGUGGCAUGAGGCAAGUGGAGUUUAAAGUUGUCGAGGUCGACCCGCCAGAGUAUGGCAUCGUGGCCCAAGAUACCGUUAUCCACUGCGAGGGUGAUCCGAUCGAGCGUGACGAGGAGGAGAACAACCUCAACGAGGUUGGAUAUGACGAUAUCGGUGGCUGCCGGAAGCAGAUGGCCCAGAUUCGAGAGAUGGUCGAGUUGCCCCUUCGGCAUCCCCAGCUUUUCAAAUCGAUCGGUAUCAAGCCUCCACGUGGUGUCCUUCUCUAUGGACCCCCCGGAACCGGUAAGACGCUCAUGGCGCGUGCUGUGGCCAAUGAGACGGGGGCCUUCUUUUUCCUCAUCAACGGCCCAGAAAUCAUGUCGAAGAUGGCCGGUGAGUCCGAGUCAAACUUGCGAAAGGCGUUUGAGGAGGCGGACAAGAACUCCCCAGCCAUCAUCUUCAUUGAUGAGAUCGAUUCGAUUGCCCCCAAGCGCGACAAGACAAAUGGCGAAGUCGAGCGCCGUGUCGUGUCCCAGCUGCUCACUCUCAUGGACGGCAUGAAGGCGCGGUCCAACGUCGUGGUCAUGGCGGCCACCAACCGCCCCAACUCCAUCGAUCCCGCUCUGCGUCGCUUCGGCCGUUUCGAUCGUGAAGUCGACAUUGGCAUCCCGGACCCGACUGGACGCCUGGAGAUCCUCCAGAUUCACACAAAGAACAUGAAGCUUGGUGACGACGUCGAUCUCGAGCAGAUCGCGUCCGAGACCCACGGUUAUGUCGGCUCUGAUGUUGCCGCCCUUUGCUCUGAGGCUGCUAUGCAGCAGAUUCGUGAGAAGAUGGAUCUCAUCGAUCUUGAUGAGGAUACCAUCGACGCCGAGGUCCUCGACUCUCUUGGAGUCACAAUGGACAAUUUCCGGUUUGCUCUCGGUGUGUCCAACCCGUCCGCUCUUCGCGAGGUGGCAGUCGUCGAGGUUCCGAACGUCCGUUGGGAAGACAUUGGUGGCCUCGAGACCGUCAAGCAGGAGCUCAAGGAGAGCGUCCAAUAUCCCGUGGACCACCCGGAGAAAUUUCUCAAGUUCGGCCUUUCGCCGUCUCGUGGUGUUCUCUUCUAUGGACCUCCCGGUACGGGUAAGACAAUGUUGGCCAAGGCUGUUGCCAACGAGUGCUCUGCCAACUUCAUUUCGGUGAAGGGCCCCGAGCUUCUCUCUAUGUGGUUCGGUGAGUCUGAGAGCAACAUCCGUGACAUCUUCGACAAGGCGCGGGCUGCUGCUCCCUGCGUUGUGUUCUUGGAUGAGCUAGACUCGAUUGCAAAGGCCCGUGGCGGUUCUGUCGGCGAUGCCGGCGGUGCCUCCGACCGUGUCGUCAACCAGCUUCUGACAGAAAUGGAUGGCAUGACUUCGAAGAAGAACGUCUUCGUUAUCGGAGCGACAAAUCGUCCUGAGCAGCUUGAUCCCGCCCUGUGCCGUCCAGGGCGUCUUGACUCGCUCAUCUACGUGCCCCUGCCCGAUGAGCCUGGUCGUCUUGGAAUUCUCAAGGCUCAGCUUCGCAAGACACCGGUUGCUGAUGACGUCAAUCUCGACUACAUCGCGUCCAAGACCCAUGGCUUCUCGGGUGCCGAUCUUGGUUUCAUUACUCAGCGUGCUGUCAAGAUUGCUAUCAAGGAGUCCAUUGCCUUCGAUAUCCAGCGGACCAAGGAGCGUGAGGCUGCUGGUGAGGAUGUGAAUAUGGAGGAUGAGGGUGACGACCCGGUCCCUGAGCUCACCAAGCGUCACUUUGAGGAAGCCAUGCAAAUGGCCCGGCGGUCUGUGACCGAUGUUGAGAUCCGUCGCUACGAGGCAUUCUCGCAGCAGAUGAAGAACGCCGGACCUGGCGCUUACUUCAAAUUCCCCGAGGCUGGUGCGGAGAUUGGUGCUGACGGCGGUGCUGGCAACUCCUUCGGAGAUGCCGGCAACGACGACGGGCUUUAUGAUUAG